UUGUAGAUGGAUGAUAGUUCGAUCAUUGAGAAAGUCAAAAACUAUGUGAAACAACUUCAAGAACGUGUGAGAGAGCUAGAACAAGAAGUUGGAUCGAACAACAUUUGUAGCAACAAAGACACUACUUCUUGCAAAAUGAAGUCACAUGACUACAAUUGUGGAACAACAAGUAAUAUUCUUCCUGAGGUCAAAGCAAGAGUGUUACAAAAAGAAAUUCUCAUCAUAAUCCACUGUGAGAAACAAAAGGAUGUCAUGCUCAAAAUACUUACCCACCUUGAAAAUCUUCAUCUCUCAUUAGUCAAUAGUAGUGUCUUGCGAUUUGGAAAAUCCAAUCUUGACAUCACCAUCAUUGCCCAGGUGAUGAUGAUAGUGGAAUCAAGGAGUUGAAAUUGUAGUUAGGCAAGCAUAUUGAGAAUAAGGACUUGAGAACUCUUCGCUAUUUCUUGGGGAUUGAAGUUGCUUACUCUCCUAAAGGCUACCUUCUUUCUCAAUUAAAGUACAUUGUCAACAUUCUUGAACAUGCUCGUCUUUCUGAUAAUAGAGCAACAUAUACUCUUCUUGAGUUGAAUAUGAAAUAUGUUGCCUCAAAUGGUGUUUCUUUACCAGAUCUCACUUUGUACUGUACUUUGGUUAGCAGCAUUGUGUAUCUUACGAUUACCAGACUUGAUAUUGUUUAUGUUAUUCAUGUUGUUUUGUCAGUUUGUUGUAUCUCCCACUAUAGUACAUUGGGCAGUUGUUCUUUGUUAUCUUCGAGGAACUCAAUUUCAGAGCCUUAUCUUUCUGUCGUCGUCCUCAUUGGAGUUAUAUGCUUAUUAUAAUGCUAAUUGGGUUUGUGACACCAAGAUCGUAAGUCCACCACAAGAUUAUGUAUCUUUCAUGGAGACUAUCUUGUUUCUUGGAAGAGUAAGAAACAAGACAUUGUUUAUCUCUCUUCUACAGAAGUUGAGUACCGUGCUAUGACAUCCACUACUGUUGAAAUAAUGUGGUUGCGUUGAAUUGUAUCUUAUAUGAGCAUCUCUCUUUCUGAGCCAACUCUAAUGCACUGCGAUAACAAAGGUUUUAUUUAAAUUGCUCAUAACUCGGUCUUUGUUGAACGCACCAAGCACAUUGAGAUUGAUUGUCAUCUUACUCGUCAUCAUCUUCACCAUGGAACCAUUACUCUACUGUUUGUCUCGUCUUCCUUACAGAUUGUUGAUUUAUUCACAAAGAUGCAUUUCAUUAAACAUUUUCGUUUUUUGGUUAACAAACUCUUGAUA